UAGACACGCGGCAUACGUGCGUAUAAUGCAUCAGUGAUCCCAGAAGGACAAAUUCGAACAUCGAGUCGGUAUUGCAGUACAUGUAAACUGAUAAAUAACUUGCCUAGCGUUGUUAACACUACUAAUAGACUAAUAUCUGACAAUUGGCUUAGAAAACGGUUAGUGUUUUAUGCUAUGCACUGUUAUGUACAGUUAUAGUACAACUGUCAUGUAAUAUAUAUCAAUUUACGAGGCACGGAAUAUCCCGUCAAACAAUAAGAUAAAUCAAAGAGAAUUCUGGAAUGACUGAGUGGAAUCAAGCUAAUUAACCUAUAUUUUGUAUUAACUACACAGAUACAGGAUUUCUUAAUAUCAAGUAAAUAUACCCUUGUACAUCGUGGAACAAAUAAUCACAGAGUACGUCACAGCCUGGAGUGAUCUGAUCUUAAUAGACAUAUCCUGGUAGAUAAUAGACCAGUAUAUUGACUAUAGUGGAAUACGGACGGUGUACGGAUCUCUCGGCAGAAAAAGUAGGACUUCGUGAACAUACACGCUUAUCGUGCUGGAAAUAUCUCGAGAGUAAUAUGAAGUAGUACACACUGCAGAUCAUAACAAAUGCGUGACAUUGCACUUUGAAACUACUACGGAUGGUGGCGAGGGGAGUACCCUAAUUGUGUCUAAAGAUUAUAACUAGCGAGCACAACCCAUCUAUAUUGAAUGAGCGUGGCUUUUGCAAUGUGUAAAGUAGACACUACAGUAGAGGAGAAAACGUAAAGAAGUCACGAUUAGCAUGAGCCACGACCAGUCGUUGCUGCUUUCAGACGAAGAAACAGCAGAUUAUAAAGAAGCAUUUUCGUUAUUUGAUAAAGAUGGCGAUGGAACAAUAACAACGGACGAAUUGGGUACAGUGAUGCGAUCAUUAGGCCAAGAGCCAACAGAUCAAGAAUUGCAGGAUAUGAUCAACGAAGUCGAUGCCGAUGGUAAUGGUACCAUUGAUUUCGAGGAGUUUCUCCAAAUGAUGAACCGAAAAUUAAAAGAGACAGACAGUGACGAAGAAUUACGAGAAGCGUUCCGUGUAUUUGAUAAAGAUGGCAAUGGAUAUAUAAGUGCGCAUGAAUUACGUCACGUGAUGACGAAUCUCGGUGAGAUAUUAACAGAUCACGAGGUUAACGAGAUGAUAAAAGAGGCUGAUUUAGAUGGGGAUGGUUUGGUGAACUAUGAAGAUUUUAUGACAUUCGCAUCAGAACUUUUAACCAAACACACAAAAUGCUGACAACAGCAACAACAACAAAAACAAAGAACGUUCUCGAAAAUAACACAGGGAAGUGGUUUAAAAAAUAUUUCAAUGAUCAAGUUUAACACUAUGUUUGUGUUUUAAUAUAUUUUAUUUUGAGCUUAAGUUUAAUAUUUAAAUGAAACCAGUAAUGGGGUUGUGAAAACUGCCUGACAGAAACAAUGGUGAUUAAAAUAUCAACGGAUUGUGAAUACUUCUGUUUACUUUAGCGUGUGAAUAUGUUCCUGUUAUUUGUGUUUAUUUUUAUAAUUUGGUUUACCAAAAUCUUACAAGUGUACUUUUAACAACAGCAUUCACUUUUAAGCAUUUAUCGUCAAAAGUCAUCUUUGUGCAUGAGUAAUUUGUUAUGUGUUACAUACGCACACGGCAGACGUGUACCAUCGUCACAUGUGGAUAAUAUUAACGGGGGGUUUUGCCGGUUUCCGUUUUGUCAGUGCAUGCAAAGUGGGCUUAAAAUGGAAUUGCCAUAUAUGUGUGGGUGGUCUACAGAGAAUGGACGAAAUUGAUACGCCGUGACACAAUGAACGAGGAUUCCCGACUGUGCUGACAACAGGUUUACGUUUGUGAAGGGAGAUAACUCAGCUUUGAAUCUGGACUAGUAAUCAUCUCAUUAAUGAGUUCACUAUUAUAACAAUCCAUGUCUAUAUCAUUUAUUUAAAUAGUCCGAUGAUCUUCAUCGUUAUAACGAAAAAUAGCCCAAAAUGUCGCAAUUAUCUGGGAGAAAGUUAGAAUUGCUAAAAGUAAAAAAAAAAAUAAACAUAUUACCAGUCUCAAUCCACAUGUGUAAGACUCCAUACAUGAAAUAAGUGUUAUCAAUUAAACCUUUUCCCGAAAACUCAGCACUGAACAUUAUUAUUUUAAAGGGUAUCUUUCAUUAGUUCGACUUCUUAAUGUCAUUCAUUUUUAAGUUUGAUACACAUAUGCAUGCCGUGACUGGUGGAAUUGUCAUUUAAGUUCUAUUGGUUAUUAUUCCUUGUUUUGAGAAUACCCGCCGGCCAGUUCGUAGGAAUAUAUCCAUAGGCCAAACACACUGUAACAUAUAUCGUUCACAUAAAAAGGUCUGUGCUAUAGAUAUAAAACGUUUAUUCGUUUUGAGAGAUCUGCUACCACGUCUUAGUUAUUUGUGGUAUUUACAUAGAGGGGCAUUUACAGGGUGGGACUACUACCUAAACUGUAUUCUAGAUACCUCAAUGUACUUCGUUUUAUUAACGUCAAAUCGUUUUAUUGUUUUGUAUAAAACGUCACAUCGUGUUAUCGUUUUCUAUAGAACGUCACAUCGUUUUAUCGUUUUCUAUAAAAUGUCACAUCGUUUUGUAUAAUAUUCACGUUCCGAAAUUACAAAAAAGAGAAAUUAAAACUCAUUUUAAUUAAUCUUGACAAAACCACGAAUCUCAAACCUUUUUUACUGAUAAUACUGUGUACUGCAUUUUCAUCUAUGCAGUCAUUAGCAGUCUACCAAUAAUCGGUGUUUUACGGGACCCAAGCAUAAACUAUAGUAAUUAGUUAUAUUAAUCUGGUUUAACACGGAGCCACGGUGGCUGGGAGGUUAAGACGCUGGCCCGCUAGCCUGGAGGUCGGGUGUUCGAUCCCUGCAUUUGCCGAGAAAGUCCAUCUGGAUUUUCCGACGCGGUUUCCCUUGUCAGUGGUGCAGAACGGAGGGCCUGACAAGGACAGCUGUCUAAUCUUUCGGAUGAUACGAAAAACCGAGGUCCCGUGUAUACAUUAGAAUGCACGUAAAAGAUCCCUUGGCAGUUGGAAUUCGAUAUAAGAGUAGGCGAUAGUGCAUCUGCCCGGGCAAAAUUUCCCUCAUAGCACACUGUAUGGUGUAUGCCCGUCUUCAUUAGCCCAAUAUAGGAGCAGAACAGUAGGACGUUAAACCCCAUUUCAUUUCAUUUCUAAAAUCUAAAAUGUUUGCGUUAUUAAUCUGGCGGAAGUAUGUGUAUAUAUAUAUGCAUGUGGAUGUCCCAUAAUUCCAGUAUUUAUCAAAAUGGCGUGUGGAAUGCAAAUUAGUGUUUUUAAAAAUACGCAUUAUAGAUAGAUAUUUUAUCGGUUUGUUAGCUAUAUAUUUUUUGUCGGAUAAUACAGUUAGUACAUUUAGCUUUUUUUAAAUAUAACUUUCAUGUGACUGGGCAGCACGCACCAAAGAUUCGUUUUUAUCGGCGUGCUAUUCUCCGGUGAAUAAGCAAAGCUCAUUACCAAAGUAUAUACAACCCGACAGACGUCUUCAUUAGCCCGGAUGGAGCAGAAAAGUAGGACGUUAAACCUCAUUCAAUCACAACCCGACAGAUUUGUUCAUUGGUCAAAUUGGCCGACAAGCCACAAGGGCUUAACAUCUACAUUAACUUAAUCUCCACAAACAAAGGCAACAUUAUCUGAAUCUUAGUAAUUUUAUAGGGUAUUUUAUUAAGAUGUACACGAAUCUCGAUGCCUUAUUUCGUCGUACAGAUAAGUCAUAUUUUAAUCUAGUGACAAGUCAAUUAUUAAAUUUCAAAUUGUCAAGACAUAUUCUAAAGUGAAGAUACCUACUGCGCUCAUCAUAACUAGAUACGCUGGAAUCAGACAUGCCUCAUGUUAAUUUUACUUUUAGUAUCGUAUCACCUGUCAAAGUUUUAUAAUACUCCAUCAGCCCACAUUGAUAUCAUUUUGUCAUUUGAAAACCGUGUUAUUAUCAGAAAUUGUACCGAGUGACACAACCAAACGGUUGAUUUUCUCGUCAAACUUACAGUUUAUAGAUCGUUUGUGUACAUGCGAGUGUGAUGUAAUAGACUCGUAUAUUGGGGUUCCCAUACGGCCCACUAGUUGGUUAGUAUGUUUGUGUCCUUCGUAGACCAAGCGCAUUUUAGAAGAAGUAAAUAUACUUGUACAUAUACUUGAAAACGUAUCACAAAGAGGAAUUCAAUUAGCAUAAUUCAAUGUAGAAAAUCGAUAAUUAGAAAUACAGAACAGGUUGUCUAGAUUUAGUUCUUUAUUCAAUAAAUUGAGAAAGGAAGUACCAAUAUUGGUUUUAGAGGGCGGGCAAUCUGGUUCUUUUGUGGCGUAUAUAUCUAAUUACACCUCGUAACACACGAGUGCGCCACGGCCCACACUUUGGUAAGCACUGGAUUAAUCUGUUCUCGUUUUCAGAAAAGUUUUUAAUACACCGAAAUGUCAUUAUUAAGAUCGUUAAAGCAACAAAGUUAUAUCUGGGAGUACAUGAAAUUGGGUGACAAAUUAGAUUUGCUGUUUCUAGAAACAUAUUGAUGCUUUAACACUUGUAUUGUCUUGUUAGUAGUGAUUUGAUCAGAAUAUAAUAUCACUCUUUAUUGCAAUAUAAACUAAAUUAAACCGAAUGUUAAGUAUUAUUUAAAGAUACAUCGUGUAAGAUUUAGCUAAAGAACGGGUCGUUCUUGCUAUACUAGUUUAAAAAUAGAUAGUGCAAAAUGAAUAUAUUGAAAAUUUCAUUCAAAUUACUUUAUUCUGAGCUAAGUUAUCAAUGUUUGUAGUUUUGACAAGAUGUGGGCAUUGAUUGUUUAUUAUUGUAACCACGGUGAUGGUUAUUCGAUGUUUAGCCUCGCUUCUCCAUUUUUAAAUUAAAUGGUCUAAAGGAAGACCUGCAAUAGGCAGAUUUAGCUCUUGAAUAAUGUCUCUUUAAAGAGUGUAAGGCUCUAUCUCAAUAAUAUCCAGAGUAUUACACGAAUUAUUCGUGUAUUUCAAUCAAUACUGUAAAUAUAUGGGAACCUGAUUUCAAAUAUUUAAGACACGGUGAACAAUUUUAAAAGUAGUAGACGCCGGCGUGUACUUUGAAAUGAGGCGACUGAAAAUGAGACAAGACUAUUCAAAUAUUAGUCCCGAUGUAUUAGGCUUUAUCACCCAAUAAUACAUUCUACAGUAGAUAUCGCUUGUGUGAUAUAUUUCAUAAUCUACUGCGAUAUCUCCUUACAUGAAUUUGAUUUGAACUAUUGUUAUUCAAUUGACCUUGAUGGAAACACUGGGUCAAUAUAAAGGAAUUUGCAAUGGUUGAAUUGCUGUCAAAAAAUGAUGUAUCACUACGCCGCUAUGUUCAGUAAAAGUGAAAUCUACAGCAAAGAAUUAUAUUUAUCUAUUUGUGCAUGUAAGAAGGGAUUGGGUGAUAGUAUAUAGUAUUUGCACAUUUAGUGGCAUUUAAUAAUGUUUAAAUAACUGCAACGAUAUGUAGAGUAUAAUAGACGAUUUGUCAGCAUGGAAAAUUGUGCUUAUGUUUCUGUUUAUUGUUUCCUGUGGCAUAUGGCCAACUUCACGAGAUUGUAGUUUAGAUUUAUUAAACGUAUAAUAAUAGUAGGAGAAAAACGUGAGCACUUGACUAUUAAAUAUAUUUUAUUGUUGUAUUUUCUGUGAGUAAAAGUUGUACAUUUUGUGCGAAUAUUUAUGUGUACAAAUUGUACAUUUGUUAGGUAUAUUUAUAUGUACAAAUUGUAUAUUUUGUGAGUAAAAGUUGUACAUUUUGUGAGUAAAAGUUGUACAUUUUGUUUGUAAAAGUAUAAAAUUAUUGGAUUGAACGACUUUAGAUAUAUUUAAUGCGUGUGCCGGGAAGGUAGGAAGUAUAAAGAUGUUAAGCAAGGACGAAAUGAAUGAUUUAUAUGUGAAUUUAGCUUCGUGUUAAUGUAACUAUUUUGUUUUAGACAGGAGUAGGCCGAAUUAUUCCCUGUUACGGCCAAAAUUCCGCGUACUCGCAUUGCGCUCGGAAUCACAUACAUAAUAAAUAAAACAGUCCCAAUGUAAUAUUGUAAAAGACUCGUAGAGACUCUUAACACAAACCCAUUCUUUAAUUUGAUAACGUGUUUAGCCUCCAACAAUUGACUGAUUUGUAAGUCAAAGGCUAACGGUAAGCCUAUUAACUGGCCAUAAAUUAUAUUAACAUUUGCGAUAUUUCGUAAACGCAUCGAUGACUACAGAACUUAUGUCUAAUCAUUCAUAUAAUAUAAUAUAAGCCGAAUAACUGCCAAAAGGGUAAGUCUGACUUUCUAUUAGCUCGUGGUAGAUAUUUGCAUUCCAGAAAUUAAUACUCUAAACGUUACCUGACCCGGGUCACAAACGAUGAGUUAGUAUGCUUUAAGUGACUAACCCGCUUUGAUUCAGGACAAAAUAAAGUAGAAUAUUCUGAUGUGUUAUUUCUAUUAUGAUAAAAGUUUUGUUUUGAUUUCAUUUUUCUCUUACUGUUUCGAGAGUGGAAUACACAAUCGGUUGUAUCUCAAAAGUGGCUUAUCUAUAGACAUAAAAUUCUCAACGAAGACAUAUUGUCAUCCAACCCUAUAGAACAAAGCAACAUAUAAAAAUUAAUGAAAUCUACAAUUUGUUUUAUCCAAAAAGGUUGGAUAUGCCCAAUAAAAGAUAUUCAUUAUAUUUUAAAUCACAAAUUGCACCACUAAAGACAUUAAGUCUCAAGAAAAACAGGAAUAUUGAUCUCAUUAAAAUUUGAUUACAGUUUUGUUUCGUUUAUUAUAUCCUACAUUCACACUACUCUAUAGUAGUAGCAGUAGUAAUAGAAGUAGUAGAAUUGAACGUAAGGCUACGCCAAUUUGAUUUUCUGUUCUUUGGAACACCUUUCUUAUUUCUUCGUGAAAAAUACUUGGUUGUGCUGUUCAAAAGCUUUUAGUUCAAAAUUUUCACACGAUUUAAGUGGAUAUUUUUUUAUCAAGUCCCUAAGGAAUAGAAAAUCAAAUUGGUGUGGUCUAAAUGACAUCUGUGUCAAUCAGAUUCAGGUCUGCAACGUUAACUAAACUAACCCGUAUUAGAGUAAAUAUAUACGAGAGCCUUCAAUGUUGAAAUUAAUCAAUGUUAAUAUAAAUAUAUGAUUAUACAUGUUAUUGUUACUGUUUGUUAUUGAUGUUACACUGUUAUGGUUGUUCUGAUUACUCACGUGGUUAAUGUGAACCCGAUGAAAUAAACAUGGCUUUGUACUUUCA